AUGUCUAACCACUCAUCAUCAAACGUUAAUGACUUUAAAUCACCUGAAGGUACAAGCCAUUGUUUUUUCGAAGCAUCGGUAACCCCUCAUUCUGAAACACAUAAGUCAGGAGCUUUCUGUGCAUUUAACCGCCAAGUUCAUAGUCUGCAAAUACCUAAAGGCAAUAGUUUUCACCUUAAUUAUGAUUCGAAGAGCCCGCUUCAUAGAUGGGCUGCCAGCGAUAGAUUGCGUCUGAUCCAUUUCCUUCAGGAAAUCCAGCUGGACAGAGCUUUGGAUGUACUACCAGACAACUGUACAUAUGAGGAUUUAUUUAAGUGUCCACUAGAGGAGUUGCGUAAUGUGCUCUCUGGCUGCCUUACCGAGUUGGAAGUCAACUCCCUCUACUCACAUUUACAUUCGUGUACCUCUAUCGGCAAGCAUGAAACGGAAUCACGAUCUCACCUUGAAGAUCCUCAUGUUAGAAGGUGUUCAGAAACUCGUCCUGUCCAUCAGGAGCGACCAGGAAGUACAUGUGGUCAACACCGUCCUCGUACAUCACUGGGUUCACUCUCCUGUGCAUCUGCAGAAUCCUCUUCCAUUUUCAUAGGGGAUAAACCGUUGGACAACACAAAUUCAAUAACCUCUGGCGAAAAUGAAUGCAACUGUGACUGCGACUUGUCAAAAUCUGAUCUAGUACAGCUCUCUACAAGUGUUAAACGAGCAUCUUCGCUUGGUUCGGAUAAUGUAUCACAAAUCCUUCCGAAUUAUCGUCCGUCUUCAUUAUCCAUUUCAUCAGCUCUAACUGACAGCCACUCACUUUCUCUUCAGGAAGAUGCCAACACGAAUUCCAUUACAGGCCCCGUACCAUGUUUGGCUCAAGCCAACCUGUCGACCUCUGAAGUUUGGAAAAAUUCACAGUCACCACGGAAUAUUUGUGAUAGUCAAACUAAGCACUGUUCAAUAACAUGUCCUAUAUCAUCAGCUUCCUGUAAAGCGCCAAAACAGCAAAUAAAUACGAAUACUUAUUCUGAAGCCUCGAGUGUAUCUUACGCAAUUCCCUCUUUUUAUCGUCAUGGCAGUAAUGAACCGCAGUUGUCUCCGUAUUUUUCAAGUCAUUUAUCUAAUUAUGAAAGACAUUCCAUGUCCAGCACUCUCUUGCGAAUAAAAGGUAGUUUCAUUGGUCAAUCUGCACCGAAUUUAUUGUAUUAUAUGCGGGAUCCGAAUUACAACGAAUUUUCAAACUGCAGAAAUUCUUACUUGCAUAUAUCAUCAGCGUACACUCCACCCUCAAGUUUGAAAAGCCCUUCGUUACCAAUGAAUUCAAACGCUCCUGUGUUACAUGCUACUGAGAGUCCCAAGGGCGAAGAAGUUGAUUCACAUUCUGGUAAAAUUUCCCAUGGAAAGUCUUCGCUAGCAUCCACCUCUAUGGAUAUUAGAGAUACAGCUGAAACCACUCGUACUCUGACAUCACUGCCUUUUCAUAAUCAGCGUCGUAGUAUGUUAGUGAGCGGUUUAGGUAGUUUAAGUGGUAGCAGUAGUUGUAUGGCUGAUCGAAGCAUGUCCAGUCCUGCGCCGUCUAAUGAACCGGAAAGUCCAUUUUUCUCUGCUGCAUCUCUUUCUCACAACGAUAUGACCUACUUUAUAUCACCGAAAAACAGCUUUGUUCCAUGUGAACCAAACUUAAAUAAAUCAUCUGAUCAUUCUGAAAAUACCGUAUCACAAACAGAGAUAUCAAGUAUUCAUUAUGAUGCAGACCAACAGCAGGAUAAAGGCGUAGCUCAACCAGUGGUCUCUCAAACAAACUGUAAACCAAACACAAAUACUGUCACUUCUCAACGAUCAUAUGAUAUUUCAUUCAAUGAAAAACGGAAUUUCGCUCCACGCUUGCAUUUGGGGAAUAAACAUACGGUUGAUUGUCGUCGCUGGUCUCUAGCCUCACUACCUUCAUCCGGUUAUGGCACUAAUGCAUCGGAAAGUGGUAGUCAUUUGUCCCGUAGUCGAUGUUCAUCUCGAGAAAAUGUCUCGCAUAUUCCUCCAGCACAGAUCAACACUCAACAUCCCAUAAGCCGUGCAACUUCAGUUUUUAGGAAGUAUCAAACAUCAUCGCAAAUGGCAUCAACUAAAUGUUUACCAAUUGAACGUUCCUAUUCAAUGAGAUCACCUUCGAUACCUGUAUCUUCACACUUUCCAAAUUCUAUAUCUCCAUUGUCAUUCUCAUCAUCUGUUGGUCAAAAUGAAACAUCAUCAGGUAUUUACGGCACUUCACGUUCACCGAAAGACUCAUAUACAUCAGAAACAGGAAAUGAUAAUUCACCGUUUAAUGUUUCAUCUCCAUUGUAUACUUCAGUGUGCGGCGCAGAUUCUAAAAGUGUACCAAUUACUCCUAUUACUCGUACAUCACCUAGAAUUAUACAUGGUUUCAAUAGCGGGAUUCAAGUAUGUAUGAACUCUAGCUUUGGGAGUUGCCGGACACGUUCUCGUAGCUUGAGUCCUUUGCGUGUCACAAAUGUUGGUGGUGAACAAGAUAUACUACUGUUAAACCAUGUUUACCGAGAACGUUUCCCAAAGGCUUCUGCUCAUAUGCAGAAACAGUUAGCUUCUCUUGCUGAUGAAAUGGAAAACAUGGAUACAGUGUCUUGGAGUGCAGUGGCCAGGUUUGUUCACUGUCAAGUUGUACAACAUGCACGAGAUUGUCUUCAGAAAGCCCUUUCUGGUCUUGUCACCUGUCGUUAUUUUUACGAAAUGACUGAAAAUUUGGGAAAGCUCAUUGAAGAUACGCGUGCUCGAGAUGCAGAUUCUAUUCCCCUUGUAGUCACCUUUGUUCGUCGACUCCUCCUGAUUAUCGCACGUCCUGCACGUCUACUUGAAUGUUUGGAAUUUGAUCCAUCUGAAUUUUAUCAGUUAUUAGAAGUUGCUGAAAAUCAUGUGCGUCGUCGAACACAUUCAGUGAGCUUGCCAGGAUCACAGAUCGUGUCAGCUGAUGUACCGUUAUACAUUAUCUCAAAGUUGGGUCUCAGUAAAACAGUUCUAGAUGAAUCACAUAAUAUGGGGAAUUCACGUUUGUGUCGUUCUGACAUAGAUGGUACAUCUCAAUCAGAGGGAAUGAAAUCCGACUUCACAACUAGAAAUAGAACAACAAGUGGGUCAAACUUGGAUAGUUGUGUGAAUGAUGAGAAUGACAUAGUAUCACGAACAGCACGUAGCUCUAGCAGUUAUGCGCCUAUCCGUCCUCCAUGUGAAGCUGAUUUCGAGGUGAUUAAACUGAUAUCAAAUGGUGCAUAUGGUGCCGUUUAUCUUGUUAGACAUAAAAUUACUCGACAGAGAUUUAGCCUAAAGAAAAUUCGUAAACAACAUCUACAACUGCGUAAUCAAGUGGAACAAGUUUUUGCUGAACGGGAUAUUAUGAGUUUUGCAGACAAUCCGUUCGUUGUUAGCUUAUGUUGUACUUUUGAAACAAAAAAAUGUUUAUGCAUGGUUAUGGAGUAUGUUGAAGGUGGUGAUGUAGCCACUUUGUUAAAGCAUAUCGGAGGACCGUUACCAUUAGAUUUGGCUAGAAUGUAUUUUGCAGAGACAGUACUAGCCUUAGAAUAUUUGCAUAAUUAUGGAAUAGUUCAUCGUGAUUUGAAACCAGAUAAUUUACUGAUAACGCAUGAAGGUCAUAUCAAGUUGACUGAUUUCGGUCUAUCACGGAUCGGUCUAAUGAAUUUAGCCACCAAUUUAUAUGAGAAAAAUUUAGAUUUGGAAAAAGAUUGUAAAAUGUUUCGUGAUAAACAAGUAUUUGGAACACCGGAAUAUAUUGCACCAGAAGUGAUUCUUCGUCAGGGUUAUGGUAAGCCUGUUGACUGGUGGUCUAUGGAGGAACUUUUCGAUAAUAUUGUAACAGCUCCAAUCGAUUGGCCUGAAGAGGAAGAGUGGAAGGUGACUCCAUCAGCUGUGGAUAUAAUAACGAAACUUCUUGAACGAGAUCCUUUACUUCGUCUUGGAACUAUUGGAGGCUCUUCUGAGGUUAAAGAGACUCCAUUUUUCUCUGGACCUAGUGCAGUAGACUGGAAUAAUUUGUUAAGACAAAAAGCUGCUUUUGUACCCCAACUUGAGCAUGAUGAAGAUACUUCUUAUUUUGAUCCACGCACCGAUCGUUAUCAACAUGAUGUGGAAAAUGAUGAAGACAUAUAUAUUCCUAUGGAUUAUUCAUCACAUAGUAACCGAUCUUCUCCUGCUCCUCAAAUGUCAGUUACUCGGAAUUUCAGUUUUAAUUCUCCUACUGAUCAAAGUUUAACCAGUGUUAUCCGGCGACCUGCAGCUUCCCGUCUUGGACGUGCUAAACAACAGGCAAUUGAACAUAAACGUAGUCAUAGUUUAGGUGACAACAAUACGCUAUAUCUUCAACCAUUUAAAUCACGUUCUAAAAGUCGAAGUAUUCGUGACUCUCCCAUAAACACUCCACAAUCAUUUACUCAUUCAGAACUCAGUAGUGCUAGUUCUCAGCGUUCUUUAUUCCAUCAAAAAUAUGAACCUGAAAAAGUUGAACACGACCCAGUAACAUCCACUUUAACUGCAGAGUCUGUAGCUGGUCGUAAUGCAUUGCAUAUGUUACAAAAUUUAUCACUAACCUCUAGUACUACAGAAAAUUCAUCAUCUCCAAAGUUGGAAAGUGGUAAUGCCAAUCAUCAGCAAACUGUUUUGUCUGGAGUAAAGCUGGAAAAGCUGAAUAUCGAUGUCACAAAGCGUGGAUUUUCUGAUGAUGACGUCGAUGACACUCAAAAUGUUGGCGAUGAAUCACGUACAUUUCACUACUUCUCUUCGUACUCCCCUCGUUUCUCAGUUGUGUUAGAACAAGCCAGACUGAAUGAACUAUUACAAAACAAUUUGAAUAUGACCUUAAACGAUUCAGAUCAUCCGAAUAAUGAAAAGAGUCCACUUCAUGCUUCACCAUCUCGUUUCCAUCUUGUAUCACAUAAUGACUCAAAUAUCAAGCAUUCAAGUCCCGAAACUUCUAAGGAUGUAUGUCUGCCACCUACAGAUGAACAGUUGUCGAAUUCGAAUAAGAGAGACAACCUGUCUUCUGAAGAACAGAAGAGUAGCAGCAAAAAUAUCUCUCGAUCAUCAGAUGUUCAACCAUGUGGUACUCAAGAUGGCUCAGUAUAUUUGAAUAAUGAUCAUUCACCAUCUAAUGUCGUUGGCUCUAACCCUGCUAUUUCCACUAUCACUCAUCCUGCAACUGAAACCAAAGUUUUUGUUCAUCCCAGUCUCAAGCAGUCAAAUGAAUGUCCCAUUACUUCUGAUGUUGAUGAAAAUUCUAAAUUAUCAGAAUCAGAUUCUAACUCUAGUUUAGAACUAUCACCACAUGAUUCACUCAUACACGUCACUGACAAGCCUUCGAAUGAAAAUGAGUCAAACGCAACAAUGUGCAUGGAUACUGUCAAUAAUUCGCCUGAACUUGUUCAAGAUCCCUUGAUAAAACCACUAAUUCCACCUGUUCGCGAACAUAUGACUGGAAAUACGUCCCUUUAUUCUGCUAAAUCGAUUUCCAAUUCAUCAUCUUCAACAUCAUCGCUUUCACUACCUACUGUUACUCCUCAUAUAAUGCCUCAUACAGAGUCGCUUUACUCUACUCUAACUGAUUAUGAUUCUACUUUACAUAAAAGUCCAUGGUUUUUGAAUGUUGAUUUAAAACCAGAAAAUGAUCAUCUAAGUACCCAUCAAAUAUUAAGAUCAAUGACACGUGCAGAUUGUCAGCAUGGCACUCAAAAUGCAUCUAUGUCUUUUAAGAACACGUCACCUGUUCCAUUUCAAGGUUUUGUACCCCAUACAUCUCAUUUGAAUGCGUGUUUUCCCUAUUCUCUGUCGUCAGCUGAGCAACAACAACAACCUCAGAUGUUAUUAGUCGGUGACAAUUCAUCGCGGAAUACAUACCUACCACAUCCUCCUGUGUGUUCCAAAACUCCCCUAACACUACCACUUUUGUCUUAUUCACCAGGAAUUCCGCGUCAGACCAUAGUAAUUCACAAAGGCAAACAAGGCUAUGGUUUUGUUUUCCGAGCUAUCCGAGUAUUUUUUGGUCGCUCUGAUGCAUAUACACUGCAUCAUCUUGUACUUGGAGUUGUGCCUCACGGUCCAGCAGCCAAAGCUGGUCUCAAAGAAGCUGAUCUGAUUUUGAGCAUUAAUGAUGUAUCAACUAUUGGAAUGUACCAUACAGAUGUUGUCAAGUUAAUUUUACAGAGCGGUACUACUUUACGCCUGCAUGCAACUCCAAUUAGUCAAACAUUCAUUCGUUCUGAUGGCCCAUAUCGUUCUUCUGGCCGUCUCGUACCUCGUGCUUCUCCAACAGAUCAAGUGUUAAACAACAAUGGUAAUAAUACUCCUUGUACUGCUAAAUAUUCAAGUCCUUACGCCGAUAAACAAAUAUCUACACCUUAUGCGCCGUGUAGCACCUUCAAAAAUAGUCACUCUAAUUCUCCUGAAGUACACAAUGAUAAUACAUCAACACCUUUUGAUGUGAAAUCGUAUGCUUCAGUCUGCGCAUCGAAUAAUCCAAAGCAAAAUGAUGAAGCUGCUAGACGCAUAACUCGACGUCUGACAGUUAGAGAAGCUCGACAACGUCAUUUAAAUACUGGAAAUUUAGAACCAAAAGUUCAUUGUCUUCAACCGGAUACCAAUUUAAAUUCAUGCUUCAAUCAAUCGGAUACUGUACCCAUCAACAUACCAACAGACAGAUCAAAAAGUGGUUAUUCCCAGUCAGGUACAUCUUCUAAGACAUCGACACAAACAUAUGCUUCCAUUGCUGCCCAACGAUUCGGUAUCACUCUUGGUCCAACUUGUACAAACCAAGUGAGCUGUAAUCAAGCUGCACAAAAUAACAAUUCAUUUCUUCCACCCCACCGAAGAUCUCUAGAAAAACCUCUUAUACGUCAGUUGAGUGAAAGACAGCAUCGAGCUAUGUUCCCUACAACUGAUGAUACAUCAUCUUCAUCAAACAAUCCAACACUUUAUACUCAGCGAAGUGUAAUCCCCUACAGUUCACCCCAUCAAAGUCCUAGAUCCGACCAUCAGCAACAAAACAACGCUUUUACGUAUCAUAGACCAUCAUUGACUGUCACUUCAAGUUCAUCUGGUUCUUCAGUCUGUUCUUCCGGUUGGUAUUCAGGUGGUGAAUUGUCUCCUCACAGUUCUCCUGGUUCUGGAAGUCCUUCUGUUUCUGGUGUUUCUCGACCUUGUGAUUCUACCCAUCCGCCUAGUAAUCCAUUUCAGCAGCCACGUUUUGGUAGUUUACGUGCCCCAUCUCAUUCAGCUGCCCAAUUUGUCAGUUCUCAUGGAGAUAAUUCUCCAUUUAAGCUAACUUUCACUUGUCAACCAAUGCCGAAAUCCGCAUUUAUUGCACAGAAUCGCAACACACCUCAGUGUAGACACAGUGAUCCUCUACGGCCUGUUGCAACAUCAAGGAGUAAUCGAUCUCUUUGUUCUGUCGUGCCCAAUGCUCAAAAUCCUAACACAUUUGCUGUAUCAGUUCAAGCCUCCAUUACAAAUCCAUCUCAAAAUCCUACUACCCAAAACGUUGAUCUCGACAGGUUCUCAGUUCAAGCUAACGCUCUAGUAUCAUCAGGUCAGGUUCGGCUACGUAGACACAGCCAUCGAUUUGCAGUCCAGCAUGUUGCUUCACCAAGUAGUCCAGCGGAGAGUGGAGAUGAAAAAUCUAAGAAUCACACAUGA